GUAUGGAGGGCUCCCCCAACUCGUCUGCUCCAGAAAAAUGGGGGUCAGGAAGGAAGGGAGUUCUUGCCCCUCCUCCAGCCUGAGAGGCGUCCCGCUCCCUCCUCACCCCGUCACCCCCGGGUGUGCCUCCUUCCCGCCGUCUCACACCGGAACUGGAGUCGUGCGGCAUCCGGUUUCCGCAGGGAAGGCUUAGGCGGCCGGUCCCAGCCUCCUGUUCCGGUCCCGUUCUUCGGUUUGCCAGGCCGUGGUCGCUAUGGAGGAACCGGAGAUGCAGCUGAAGGGGAAGAAAGUCACGGACAAGUUCACUGAGAGCGUCUACGUCCUGGCCAACGAGCCGUCCGUGGCCCUGUACCGGCUGCAGGAGCACGUUCGCCGCUCCCUCCCCGAGCUGGCCCAGCACAAGGCAGAUAUGCAGCGUUGGGAGGAGCAGAGCCAGGGAGCCAUCUACACUGUGGAGUACGCCUGCAGCGCCGUGAAGAACCUGGUGGACAGCAGCGUCUACUUCCGCAGCGUGGAGGGUCUGCUCAAACAGGCCAUCAGCAUCCGGGACCAUAUGAAUGCCAGUGCCCAGGGCCACAGCCCCGAGGAACCACCCCCGCCCUCCUCAGCCUGAUCCUGGAAGACACUUGGGGCCCCCCAGGCUCCCCGGACCCAGAGACGAGGUUUCGCCAUGUUGGCCAGCUCA